GCACUAUAGAUUCGCGAGAGAAAGCGCGCGGUGAGCUUGUCCUCGUUUUUCUUGAUGUUGGCGACGUAUCGCCAAUUAAAAACAACGUAUUGUUUUUACGUUAAAUUACUCGUUAACCCUGCCGUUACCUAAUAAAUCUCACUUUCGACUCAAGAGGCUGCGCGUAUCGGGUUUUUUCAGCGAUUAAGAUCGUCCUCUUGGAGACACCGUAGUGGGUCAUCGCGUAGUUUCCGCCACACUUUCCGCACCCCUGUUGCUAACGGUUCCCUCAAAUCAACAUGGACGGUUUACCGACGCCUUUGCGGUGCUUCAAUGAGUGCCACCCGGCAGAAAAGUUCGCGGAUGACGGCGUGGAAACGGUGACUUCUGUGGAGCAGAGAAAAGUGGAACAGAGUAUUGAAGAAGUCAUCAGUGUUUACAAGCAAAUACACAGCGUACCACAGCCAACGUUGUUGCGGGAACAACACUACCAAUAUCUCAAGAAGGGCUUACGUCACCUAUCAGAUGCUUACGAGUGUCUAGAUGCCAGCAGACCGUGGCUUUGCUUCUGGAUUCUUCACAGUCUGGAGUUACUAGAGGAGCCCAUUCCUGCAGCUGUCGCCUCGGACGUGUGUCAGUUUCUGGCUCGCUGUCAGAGCGCCGCGGGCGGUUUCGCCGGAGGACCGGGACAACACGCCCACCUCGCGCCUACCUACGCCGCCGUCAACGCGCUGUGCAUCAUCGGCACAGAGGAGGCCUACAAUAUCAUAGACCGGGAGAAGCUGCUAGAUUUCCUAAUGUCCGUGAAGCAGCCAGAUGGCUCGUUUGUGAUGCACGUUGGGGGAGAGGUGGACGUCAGGAGUGCGUACUGUGCAGCUUCUGUAGCGUCGCUCACAAACAUCCUCCUCCCUAAAGUGUUUGAGGACACGCCCAACUGGAUCCUCAGCUGUCAGAACUGGGAAGGUGGUCUGAGCGGGGUGCCGGGUUUGGAGGCCCACGGCGGGUACACGUUCUGCGGCACGGCGGCACUUGUCAUCCUGGGAAAAGAGCACAUGCUGGACCUCAAAGCGCUGCUGCGGUGGGUCGUCAGCAGGCAGAUGCGGUUCGAAGGCGGCUUCCAGGGCCGCUGUAACAAACUGGUGGACGGCUGCUACUCCUUCUGGCAGGCGGGACUGCUGCCUCUACUCCACAGGGCCUUGUUCAAAGAAGCAGCCACUGCUCCGCAAACGCAUCGCACACGGAGAGAUGGAGAUGAAGAUGUGGGGCUAAACUGUAAAGAAGCUGCUGGUGCUCGUACCUCUGGAAGUGGUUUCAGUCUGAAGUUGUGUGCAGGGGAAUCUGAGCUGAGUCGGCAGCGGUGGAUGUUCGAGCAGCAGGCCUUGCAGGAGUACAUCCUCCUGUGCUGCCAGAACCCGACGGGGGGCCUUCUGGAUAAGCCUGGCAAAUCCAGAGACUUCUACCACACGUGUUACUGCCUGAGCGGCCUCUCGAUAGCGCAACACUUUGGAAACAUGGACCUCCAUCACGAGAUGAUCCUCGGCAGGGAGGAGAACAGACUGGCGCCGACUCAUCCAGUUUACAACAUUUGUCCGGAGAAGGUGGCGAAGGCUCUGCAGCACUUCCACCGGCAGCCCGUCCCCCACGACGACACCGCCGGAUCACGUGACCAUCAGUCCUAGCUGGCCACCAGUGAAGCCGGGACCGCCCGCGGGGCAGCAGACCCGACCCCCCCCCCUACGAACGGUUGACUGCAGCUUAAAGGCGGGCCGGACUUCGUCUGAAUAGGUCAACUGUUUGCGGGGCAUCUUAGCAUUCGGCUGGAUUUUUGCUUGCGCUGCGUAACGUUUUCUAUACCUGAAAUAAAAGUAGAACCUCAGUUAAUAAAUCUUUGCAAAGAACUUCUUGGUAUGGUUAUGAAAUGGUUCACUGCAACGGUCGACCGUUAAGAACUUCAUGGUCCUGCAAAAUCUACAUGUGUGGACGGAUGUAACUGACACCAGUAUUUUAAGCCUAAGUAUACUCAAAUGUGGUUAUUUUUAGGCCAACAAAAUAAGAUUCAAUACAUUGUUAAUCUUUUUAUUUUCUAUAAUUUACUAAUAAAAUGACUUUUAUUAAAAACCGAA